GCAAAUGGUCAGUUAUACAAAAGCGGACAAAAUGAUUUCAAGCCGGACUUUUUGGAGUACAACCUUUCGGGAAGCGUAAAAUGUAUCGCUUUAAACUCAUUAUCGGGUCCCCGAACGGGUUUAAUAAAAAUGUACGCUGAAUCUGAUCUGGUAAAGCUCGCCAAACAGAUGAAACUUACGUUAAACGCUUUGGUAGUAAACGGAGUUUCGAUGCCCAAGGUCUGUGGGAUUCAUUGUGAGGGUGAGAAU